AGGAGAUGGAUCGCUUCAGUUUUGACGACUCGAUCCGCUUCGAGGAGGACUCGCUGUGCAGUUGGAGCUCUGAGCCGGAGUCGCUAUGCAACAACUGGCGGGGCUGGAAGAAACCAAGCAACGCUGCGGGCAGCGCUGCCGGCGGUGGUUUAGGCGGUACUGGACCCGGUGCCGGUGUCGGAUCCGGAGCCAAUGGCCUGGGCAUCGCAGCGUCAUACGGAGCGGCGGGCCUGAACGGAGCAGGUGCCACCGGAUCGUGUACGCCGGGCGGCAGUGCAGCGGCAGUGGGAACCCUCUCCACCUGCGGACGAUAUUAUGAAGUUUCCACAUUGGCCGAACUGGCCGCUCGCUGUGUGGCCUCCUACAUACCGUUCGAACUGGUGGAGCAUGUGUAUCCGCCGGUGCCCGAGCAGCUGCAGCUGCGCAUUGCAUUCUGGAGUUUUCCGGACAACGAGGAGGACAUUCGGCUGUACUCGUGUCUGGCCAAUAGCUCGGCGGAUGAGUUCAAUCGCGGUGAUCAGUUGUUUCGGAUGCGAGCUGUCAAGGAUCCGCUGCAAAUAGGCUUUCACCUAUCGGCCAGUGUGGUUAAUCAAACGCCGCGGGCCUACUUCAAUGUGGCCGUGACCUUUGACCGAAGGCGCAUCUCUUCCUGCAACUGCACCUGCACUUCGUCCGCCUAUUGGUGCUCCCACGUGGUCGCCGUUUGUCUGCAUCGCAUUCAUUGCCCCCAGGAAGUGUGCCUGCGUGCACCGGUGUCCGAGUCGCUGACUCGCCUGCAACGCGAUCAGCUGCAAAAGUUCGCCCAGUAUCUGAUUAGCGAGCUGCCCCAGCAGAUCCUGCCGACGGCUCAGCGUCUGCUGGACGAGCUGCUCAGCGCCCAGCCCACGGCGAUUAAUACCGUGUGCGGGGCACCCGAUCCCACGGCUGGGGCCUCGAUCAAUGACCAGACCAGCUGGUAUCUGGAUGAGAAGACGCUGCACAACAACAUCAAGCGGAUUCUGAUCAAGUUCUGUUUGCCUGCCCCGAUUGUGUUUAGUGAUGUCAACUAUCUGACAAACUCUGCACCGCCGGCGGCCGCUGAAUGGACCUCGUUGCUGAGACCGCUGAGGGGACGCGAACCGGAGGGCAUGUGGAACCUGUUGUCGAUCGUGCGCGAGAUGUACAGGCGCUGCGAUAGAAAUGCGGUCCGCUUGCUGGAGAUAAUCACCGAGGAGUGCAUGUCCUGCGACCAGAUCCUCAUCUGGUGGUUCCAGACCAAGCUGGCCCUCAUGAUGGGCUCCCACGGCCACUCCGGCGGCAAGCACUCGAACACGCACUCGAACUCGACGGCCCUGCAGCAUGCCUGCAGUUCGCUGUGCGACGAGAUUGUGGCCCUCUGGCGUCUGGCAGCCCUUAAUCCCGGCCUGGCGCCGGACGAGCGCGACAUGCUGCACGCCCAGUUCACCGCCUGGCACCUCAAGAUCCUCGAUCGCGUGGUCAAGAGCCGGAUGAUGCCGUCGUCGUACACCAACAAGCACCAGCAGAACUCCCGCUCCGACACGGAACUCUUCAUUGGCUUCAAGCCGGCCAUCGAGGCGUGCUAUCUGGACUGGGAGGAUUAUCCCAUUGCGGGCGUGACGCACACCCACGACACAAAUCCCAUCUACUACUCACCCUUCACCUGCUUCAAGCACACGGAUCCCAAGUCUGGGGAGUCGGCCAAUCCCGGCCAGCUGAAUGCCACCCAGGCGGUGAUGACGAACAACAAGCACUACAACUACUUCAGCUCCUCCAGCGAUCAUGGGCUGCAUCCGGGCGCCUUUAAGCAACGUUUGGAGCGACCCUUCCGGGAGUCGCGCUUCUACAACAAUCUAGGCGAUCUCGAGGGCUCGGCUGUGAUGUCUGGCGGAGGAGGAGGAGCAGGUGGAUCCAGCAGCAGGCAGCUUCCCUCGGGGCUGGUUAGCGGUGGCGCUGCCACGCCAGGAGCUGGAGGGAUCGGGCAAAUGGCCAGCGGAGUUGGAGCUGCAGGAGCAACGUCUGCUUCGGGGGAGGUGAAUAAUCCUGCUCAACAGCAACUAAUGCCCGGUGUCAAUGCCUCUGUGGUCAACUCCAAGGGAGGAGGCGGAGGAGGAGGUGCUGGCGGAGGAGGAGCUGGUGGAGUAGUAGCCGUAGCUGACGGCAAUCGCUCGAGUGCCAGCAGUGAGGGAUUCUGUGAGAACGACGACUUUGGCGGGGACACCAGCAGCAGCCACAACUACUGUCCGCCGGGACAGGCCACCACCUCGUCUGUGCCUGGCCAGAAAUCCUCCGCCCUCACCGAAUCGGACUCGCAGAGCAGCUUCGAUGCCGUCUCCCAGCAGAGCAAGGAUGACCAGCCAGUGGGAGUCGGAGCAGCAGUGGGCGUAGAGCAGGCAUGCUCCACCUCGGACACUUCCUCUGCCUCCUCGGCAUCCUCGUCAGCUUCCACGGCCUCCGGGAGUUCCAACAGUUCCACCUCAUCCAUGCUUAUGGCGGGUCAAGAACUGGCCACGGGCUCAGGUGUCGUGGGUGUGGGUUCCGUGCAGCAAACGCCGCGUCGCCUGAGCAAGGAUGAAUCCUUUAGCAGCAGCAGCGAUGAGUACAACCAAGGAGCUGGCAGAGGAGAAACCAGUGGCAGGGACGCCACAGAUGGCGGCGGAGGAGGAGUUGCUGACACGGGUGGAGCCGCCGGCUCAUCGGCUGGCGGAGAUCUCACCCCCGUGCCCAGCACUUCGGCGGCAGCCCGAGCUGCCCUGGCAGCCGGCUCCUCUGCGGGCAUGCCUGGCACACCUCACCACCAUCACCAUCAUCACCAUCACCUGUCGUCUGGCGGGGCUGCUGGAGGAUUAUCGGUGCUGGGACUGGCAGCGACUCCUGCUGGAACCCUGGAUCAGCCCGGAUCAUCAUCAUCCUCAUCCUUGGCAGCCGCCCGGGCAGCUGCUGUAGCCGCUUGCAGCGACAAGCCGCACGUCUUCUCCAAUGUCCGGCCCACGGAGGAUGCCUGGGACAUACUCCUGGCCAGGGCCGAGGGUCUGCAUGCCCAUGGACAUGGCAGCGAGGCCUGCAUCCUGGCCGUUCGCCUGGCCGAGCAAAUGCUGGCCAAUCCGCCCAAUCUGCUCCUGGAACUGCCGCCGGCGCCCAAGCGCAAAGGCAAGAAGCAGAAUGUGAAUCCCAUUUCGCACCAGUUGACGGUGGUGGCCUCCGCCACGCUGUCCAAGUGCGCCUUCCUCUGCACGGUGCUGUCGGAGAACUCGGAGCAUUAUCACAUUGGCUUUCGGAUAUGCCUGUUUGCUUUGGAGAUGCCCCGGCCGCCGGCCAGCACCAAGCCGCUGGAGGUGAAGCUGGCCAAUCAGGAGGCGGAUAUACUGGCGCUACUCAAGCGCCUGCCCCUUGGCUCGGCGGAGCUCCAGGUGAUCCGCGAGCGGGCCGAGCAGCUGCGCAGUGGAACGUUUAAAACCCGCGGCGAAGCCCUGCUCCCGAUUAACCUGGCCACCUUUAUAUUCGACGCUUUGGUUCUGCUCAGUCCCGUGGGAGGAGUAGGAGGAGGAUCUUCCACCGCCAUGACGGGCUCGGGAGGAUUGGGAGCUGGAGCAGGAGGAGGAGGAGCAGGAACUUCUGGCAAAUCCUUGGUCACUUCCAAUGGCCGACUGCUCUUCUACAAACCGCACAGCGAUGAGAAUCUAGGAUUCGAUGCCGCUGUGGCCGCCCUGGGGCUCAAGGCGAAUGUCUCGGAGGCAGAGCAUCCCUUGCUCUGCGAGGGCACGCGCCGGCAGCGCGGAGAUCUCGCCUUGACGCUGCUCUCCCACUACAAGGAUGAGCCGCGCAAGAUAGCCAAGAUCAUGGAGAAGCUGCUGGACAGGGAUAUACACACGCUGCUCAAGGCACCGCUCCUGCCUGCUUAUUACUCCAGCAAUCCGCCGGUGAGGACGCCAAGUAAUCAGCCUACGCGCAGGGAGGAUCAUCACGAGUAUGGUGGUAGCGGUAGUAGCGGCUCCGCGGGAUGUCACUCCUCCAACUGCAAUCCCGUGGCCAAUCUGUGCGAGCUUCUGCCGGCGGACUAUGGCAGUGUGGGUGGGAAUAGUCGCCCCCACAGCUCGACCAGCGCCGAACUGGAGCUGAGCAUGUGUGCUUUGAGCAUGGCCAGCAGUGGCAGCCAGUCUGGAGGACAGGGAAUGGUGCCUACACCAAAUGCGGCAGGUGGAGGAAACACUGGGACACCCAACUCGAGCAGCACCACGGCCAGUGGAAGUCAGAAUCCGAGUGGGAAUAACCCCAGUGGUAAUGGUGGAGGAGGAGGCGGAGGCGGCGGCGGCGGCGGAGGAGGUAGUGGUGGCAAUGGAGGCGGUGCCAGCUCCAGCAGCAGCCGCAGCAAGGAGAGCCGUUACAAGGGUAAGCGAGCCUACCCCUCAAUACCCAACCAGCCCUCGGAGGCCAGUGCCCACUUCAUGUUCGAGCUGGCUAAGACGGUGCUGAACAAGGCCGGCGGCAACAGCUCCACCUCGCUGUUCACCCAGGCGAGCACCAGCCAGAAUCACCAUGGACCGCACCGUGCCCUCCACAUGUGCGCCUUCCAGCUGGGCCUCUACGCCCUCGGCCUCCACAAUUGUGUCAGUCCCAACUGGUUGUCGCGGACGUACUCCUCGCACGUGUCCUGGAUUCUGGGUCAGGCAAUGGAGAUUGGAGCGCCGGCGAUUAGUUUCCUGAUUGACACCUGGGAGGCGCAUCUAACGCCACCGGAGGCAGCCGGCAUGGCGGAUCGUGCUUCACGCGGCUGGGACAGCAACAUGGUUUACCCGGCUGCGGAGCUGGCGCUCUCCGUGCUGCCCCAUGCCGCUGCCUUGAAUCCCAACGAAAUCCAGCGGGCGAUCCUGCAGUGCAAGGAGCAGAGCGACCUGAUGCUGGAGCGUGCCUGUCUUACGGUGGAAACGGCCGCCAAGGGCGGCGGCGUCUAUCCAGAGGUGCUGUUCCAGGUGGCACGCUACUGGUACGAGCUGUACAUGCGGAACACGCCGAAUAACAGCGACCACGAGCCCCACGACGAGGCCAUGGAUCACUCGGCGGUGAGUCUGAGUGCGUUGAUAGAGUCGCAGCAGCAACACGAGCUACAGCAGCAGCAACAGCAGCAGCAGGCUGUGCAGCAACAGGUGCAGCAACAGCAGGUGCAGCAACAGCAGGUGCAACAGCAGAUGGGCAUGCCCAAUCCAGGUGUGCCUGGCGGAGGCGGACCUGGUCUUCCAGUGCCCGUACCACCGCCCGUCGUGGGCUCUGCCCUGCCCAAUCCCCAGGGCCAGUUUCAGCCCGUGGGCGUGGCCGCCUUGGCUCCCCUGGGCCUGGCUCCGUAUCCGCCAUAUAGCUUCUGCCAGGGAUUGUAUGCCCAUGCCCACCACAACCUGAGCUAUCCGCCGGGACAAAUGCAGAUGUACAUUUCGGCUGGUCCACCGCCGCCGCCACAGGCUUAUGGUGGCUACCAGCAGGCGCCACCACAGCAGCCGCCCAAUCCGCAGCAGCAGCAGCAACAGGUAGUGCAACAGCAGGUCGUGCAGCAGCAGGUGCAACAACAGCAGGUGCAGCAGCAGCAGCAGGUCCAGAUGGCUCCCCCAGGUCAUCCUGGUCAGCCUGGACAUCCUGGACAGCCGCCCUCCGCCUUCCAGCCGCAGCCGCCGCCGGGAGCCUUCCAGCCCAUGCCACCGCAGGCUUACCAAGCGCUUCAAGCAGGUCCUCCAGGACCGCCAAUGGGUCCUCCACAGGGCUAUUACGGACCGCCGCCGCCACCACCACCAAAUGGACCACCCGGAGUGGGCGUGGGAGUGGGUGUAGGCGUGGGCGUGAUGCCCAUGCGCCAGCAUCAACACCAGCAUCCCGUGUAUCCGUUCAUGCAGCAGGCGCCGCCGCCACCAGUGCAGCAGCAACAGCAGCAGCAGGCGCCGCCGUCCCAGCCGCCGGUGCGACAGCGACAGCCUCACCAGUUCACACCCACCCAGCUGAGGUAUCUGCUGGCCGCCUACAAUGUGGGCAUGCUGGCCAUGGAGACGCUGGCCCGUCGAGUCCACGACGAUCGGCCGCAGGCCAAAUAUGCCCGGAAUCCCCCUUACGGUGAGGAUGUAAAAUGGCUACUGAGGAUCAGCAAGAAGCUGGGUACCCAAUAUCUGCAUCAGUUUUGCAUUUGUGCAGUCAACUCGAUUGUGAGUCCAUUCGUGCUCCACGAUGUGGCCAUCGAGUCGGCCCAUUAUCUGGGCAGGAAUAACCACCAGCUGGUUAUGCAGCAUCUGCGUUCUGCUUUGACGCCGCUCGUCCAGAAAUGCCAGCAAAUGUACAUCCAGUGCAUCCACCAGAAGCUGUAUCAUCUGACGCAGGGGGAUUACGAGGAAUUUGCCAGCAUUGUGGUGGCCGCCCGUGCUGCCUUUCAGAUAACGCCCGAGGGCAGUGCCCAGUUCAAGGAUUGGCUGCAAUCCAUCAAAAGGUCGAAAUCCUGUAAGAAGGAGCUGUGGACACAGAUCAAUGCGGCUCUGCAAAGCAACUCCAAAUGACAAAGACUUGACUCCUGCAAUCUGAUGACGGCAGCAACGACGAGUGAUGCGGCGGCGGUGGCGGCUUCAGCGGUGGCAGAAGGGAAAUCAACAACGGCAGGCGUAAGCGGCAUUCUGCCGCUGAAUAGCAACAACCACAACAGCCUGGCCAGCAGCAAUGGCAAGAAUGUCAGCUUGGGCCUGAGCAGCCUGGACGAGAACCAUCAUCAUCAUCAUCAUCACCACAGGCAUCAUCAUUUGCUGGAAACGCCAGCUGGAAGCACGGGAGGAGCGGCAGCAGGAGGAGGAGGAGGAGGAGGAGUAGGAGGAGUAGGAGUAGGAGGAGUAGGAGAAGGAGGUGUAGGAGCAUCCUCCUCCUCAGCUGCCACAGCAACUGUUGCUGCAACAUCUACAGGCUACGAUCGAAGCGUGGCGAGUGGAGAGCGACGGCCGCCAUUGCUAGGGGCACCCCCGAUUUUUGCAAUUAAUAACAUCACCAAUAACACAAACAAUAAUAAUAACAGCAGCAGCAACAACAACAACACCACCAACAGCAGCAGCAACAAUCGCUCCACAGCAGCAACAGCAGCAGCAAUGACUUAUCAUCACUCACUCAUGCCGAAUUACUAUCCCAGCACAACGCGUCAGUUGCAGAUGCAUGGCCAUGCCCGGACGACUACACAUCCUCACCAGCAUCCGCAUCAGCAACAUGCUCAGUCUCAACUACAUAGCCAGCCGCACCCACCACACCCGCACCCUCAUCCUCACCCGCAUCCCCAUCAGUACCAGUUGCAGGCGCUGAGCCAUUACCAUCAGCAACUUUAACAACGUGUCGGGUCCAGCCCAGCAGCGGUUGGUGCGUUUAUGGCUCCAGCUGCUGCAGUGUCGUCGGAGGAUGAGAAGGGGAAAAAGCUUGCCUGGCCGCGAAGACGAUGCUGUCCCAGCUGGAAGCGAUGAUCAGCCGCCAGCUCAUGGUCCUGGCACUGGCUUCUGGCUUUGGCUCUGGCUGAUGGUGUUGCUGAUGCUGUUGCUGGUCCUGGGCCUGCCGCUGCUGCUGAUGCUCCUUUAGAGCUAUAUGCAUACCUCUUUGAAUGAGAACCACCGCACUUAGUUCAUGUUUCAAUUUACAAAUUUCGAGUUUCACAUUUUGGAAAAACUUUUUUGAUUUUCUGUACGGUUUUUUUUUUCUUUCUUUAUAAAAUAAUUUUAAUUUUAUUUUUAAUCUUAUUUCGUGUGUGUGAGAGAGCGAAAGAGAGUGAGUGUGUGUGUGUGCUGCUUUUUAGACUGAUAUAUCUGCCAACAACAGCAACAACAACAACCGACACCACACACACACACAAGCACACUCUCUUAGCCGCUAUAGAACUUGGUUAAACGAUUAAUUUCGAUUAAAAUUUUAAUUAGUUUCGAUGAA